GGCUAGCAGUGAAAAUCACUCUCUUUUCUCCUUGUGUGACUCUGGCAAAGUUACCAGCAGAUUAUUACAAAGUGAUUUUGAACUGUUUCAUGUAAUUGUUUUCUAAGAUUAGUGUAUGAAACACUGCUUUUAGAUAGAGAAAAGGACAGCUUCCCAUUAAGAAGGGAGAAUGCGAAAGGGGAACAUACUUGAUAGUGGCAUCCUGCUCUGGAUCUGUCCUGGACUUGUUUACAUGAUAGGUGCGGUGUCACUCCACAUAGACCAGGGCCUCCAUGACCACUGCAGUGGGAGUUUAUCCCUGGGCUGUUCUGCCCAAGCUUCUGGAACACCCAUCCAUAUCUUUAUGUCAUGGGUGAGCCAGAUGAAGGAGGUACUGUGUAACAUGACUGACGGAGUGAUCGACCACCAGGCCAACGGUACUCUGUGUCAGUAUGAUGGCGAGAAGCUCACACUAACGGUCACGCUGCUUGGCGCCAGGGCCUGGAGCCGUGAAACAUACUACUGUAAACUGCGCUCCAACCUGGGCAUCAGCAACGCCAACACCCCUGUGCAACCACCAGCAGUGUGUGAAGGGUCGUUUCAGCACACCGCUCUGCAGAGUCCACCUCGGGAGGAGUGCUUCUUUUACGACGUGUACCCCGAGGGCCAGGUGCACUGGUUCAGCAACGGUAAAAACCUGACAGCCUCCUCCAAGAUCCUGCGAGGUGACAACGGACUAUUCAACAUCAGCAGCGUCCUCCCGAGGCAGGAGAACAUGAGCGAUCUGAUCUGCAGGCUGAGCAGUCAGAAGUCAAGCUAUGAAAUCCCGUACAGGGAGGAACCCAAAGUGGCACCUUCCCAUGAGAUCAAACCCAGCAGCAGCAGCAGCAGCGGCGUAGGACUCCACUGGGCUCUGUUCCUUACUGGACUUCUAUUGCUCUCACAAUGGGAGUAGGCGGAGAGACAGCUAGGUAAUCAUACUGAUGCAAUGGAAAACUUUCAUAUGUAGAAAGAGUGAGGUUUAGAUUACAUUUGGAUUUUUAUCAAAAUGUUUCAAAAAUAGGUCAAAGGUCAACUUAAUUUGCCUGCCAUAGCCAAUGAAAUCAUCGGAAAAGUCACCUUAAAUCUACCCCAAUCUUUGGUUGCUUUACAUGAACUUUGCAUCUUUGCUUAACAACAUCUUAACACAAUACUUAAUUGUGUCUUAACAAGAUACUUUAAUAACAUCAAGUUGCAAUGGCAACUCUGGCCAGUGCAGCUGCUUGGCCCCUCCAUUGCUGUUUUGCAAUAUUUCUGAAUGUGCUGUACUGUCUGAUCUGUGCAUACUCAGAGGUCAAAGUUGUAAAAGUUGACCCCUGUAAUGUCCAUUUCAUAAUUCACACUCUGCAUAGUGGUGUGUAUUGGUGUGCUAGCAUGAUUACAUGAGAAGGGAGAAUGACAUGUGCAACACGAGAGUAUCUGAGAUGGGGAAUGCAUACAUUAAACGGUGGUAGUGGUAGGGUGGUGGUAGUGUAGUGGUUAAGGAGCUGGGCUAGCGUGCAGUAGCCUGAAAGUUGUCGGUUCAAUUCCCAGAUUCCACCGUUGUGCCCUUGAGC